AGUAGACUGAGUCACUGAUUCAAUGAUUGAGUAGUGACAGCUGUCAGCUAUAGUCCUAGAUUUAGAGAUCUAUAAGUUAUAAGAUACUCAUUCUUAGUUUCUAACUUACAGACUACAGAGGGUAGUCAAAAAAAAAAAAAAAGGACUAGAUAUUGUCUUCUAUUGUCACUAUUCACUAUAUAUAUCUAAUAUAAAAAUUAUUUUAUUAAAAUAAUCAUAUCAGUGAUUAAUUGUAAAUAUGAAGAUUAAUCAUUCUGUAAUAAAGUGUAAUACUUGACUCUAGUUAGACUAGCCAUGAUGUAUAUUUUAAUUUUAAUAGAUAUGAGAUCUAUUCUCUCUCUAUAGUCUAUAUAUAUAAUAUAGUUUUAUAGUUCAUGACAUAACAUAGAUUCUAGACUUAGAGUGAUGUAGCAACAUGAAAAAUCAGCUCUAAACCUAGUUCAGAAGCCAAGCGCUUUACGGCUCAGCCACCACGCCUCCUGGCCUCUGUAUGGGCCUGUGCAUUUUGACAUUCUACAUCAUGACAUGAGAUAAUGGCAUAAUAUUUAAAUUUAAUGUAAAAAAAAAAAAAUCAAACACUCAUUUGGGGUCGGGGGGGCGUGGGGCAUCCCUCACCAUACCUACGCCACUGCUAUAGCCUAUAGUUCAGUUUUUUUUCAGCUUAAUGCAGAAUGUAUUAAUUAAAAAACUCAUUUCAGAUAUAUUAUUUAAAUAUUUUGCCUCUGCUAAACAUAAAAAAUCACAUUUAUAAUUUAACUGAAUGACUGUAAUCUUUUAAAUGUCUAUAUGGGCAUAUUUGUCCCUCAUUAGUAUAAAAUAUAUUGUUAUUAUGAUAAAUGUCUUUCAAAACUGCCCCAAAAUACCCCUACAAAAAAAAAAGCUAAAUUUUAUGCAAUACUACCUGAUCUGAAAACCACUGCGCUGUUCAUCUGAGUUAUUGGUCUAGUCAUCUGAACCCUCCAACAUAAUGAGAACGAAGAAGAUUUGAUAGUAAUUAAUAUUGUACAUCAUAUAUAAAUAUAUAUAUAUAUAGAGAGAGAGAGAUGGAGGUACUCUAGCAUUUUCAGAUAGUCAAAUCUAGCAGUAAAAUGUCAGGUGAUCCUAACUUCGGUCUACAAAAUCAGAGUGGCAUCUCUGAUCAGGCUCAAAAUAUGCUUGCUAAUUUUUGGCCCAACGUAAUGGACAAUAUCAAACAUUUAAGUUCUCAAGACUACAAAACUCAAGAGUUACCUUUGGCAAGAAUUAAAAAAAUUAUGAAACUUGAUGAGGAUGUCAAGAUGAUCAGUGCAGAAGCUCCAGUUUUGUUUGCUAAAGCUGCAGAAAUAUUUGUUAGUGAAUUGUCUUUAAGAGCUUGGAUUCACACAGAAGAUAAUAAAAGAAGAACUUUGCAGCGUAAUGAUAUAGCUAUGGCAAUAUCUAAAUUUGACCAGUUUGAUUUCCUAAUCGAUAUUGUACCAAGAGAAGAGCUUAAACCUAACAAACGUCAAGAUGAACUUGGAAGAACAGGGAAUUCACUUCCUGAACAGAUUCAGUAUUAUCUUCAAUUGGCCCAGCAACAAUCUCAACAGGCACAACAAAAUCAAGCGCAGCAACAAACACAGCAAGCAACUCAGGUUACUCAGGCAGCUUCAGCUCUACAACAGAUCCAACAUACAUCUGUCCAACAAGUUGCACCCACAGCCCAAAAUACAACUGUGCAGUUACAAGGAGGUCAGAUCAUCCAGCAGCAGUUUCAGUUACAAAAUCCACAAACGCAAGUCAUCCAGCUUCCCCAAGUUUCUCAGCAAGUUGUUUCCCCCAUUCAAACUACAGUCAUGCAGCAGCUACAGCAGCAACACAACCAGCUUCAAACACAAAGCCAAUCUCAGCAGCAGCCCACAACACAAGUAUACCAGCAAGUUAUCAAUGCAUCUGGUCAAGUAGAAAGUAUUCCUCUCCAGCUAACAGCCCAACAGUUACAGAGCAUUCAGUUACAGUUACAAAACAAAUUAGCUGGUCAACAAAUAGUUGUACAAACACAGCAGGACCCAAACCUGCAGUUCACACAAGCUCAGCAGAUGUACCAGCUUCAACAAGCAGGACAGCAACAGAUUUAUAUUCACUCUGAUGACCAAUCAGAAACUGGAACUGAUUCUUAGACUGAAGUUUUACUGCUAUAUAUGUACAGCAAGGCCUAGAGUACCAAAAAAAUCAUAUUUGCAUUGGAUGACUUCAGUUUGAAUGUCAUGUUUGACAAAGCUACAUAAUGUAUUUACAAAAAAACAUGACAACAAAACACUGUUCUUCAUAUUUAAGUUAGCAUUUGUUCAGUUUAGAAAAAAAACAACUCAGAGUGCUCUGAAUGUGCAGCACAAUCUCUUUUAGAUCUUUUCUUAUCAGAUUAUUAUAUAAUCAUCUUAUCAAUGCUAAGUGGCUACAGAUGGGUGUUGAUUUCUUUUCUUGUGCUAUACCUGUUCGAUUUAUUAGCCACUUUUUUUUUCUUUGACCCUUCCUUCUCUUGCCUUCUGGUGUUCAUCCCAGAAAAGUCUUUUGACAAAUUCAUUUUUUCCCAUACAGAUUACAUUGUGCAAUCACUUUUCUCUUCUGUUACCUCUGUAAACUAGGAAACUAUUUGUCACAAACACCUGUUUCAAAAUGUUAGUUACCUGCAAAUUCUCCCCCCGCCCUUUUUUUUUCCAUCUUAAAGUAUGGAAUCUGAUAUUUUAAUCCCUUAAAAUACCACAUACUGAGCUAUUCUCAGACUGUCUUGUAGAUUAGUGUAUUUAGUUUAAUAAUGUCAUUUAUUUGGUCCUCAGAAGUAUAUGCCACUAUAAAGAUGACAUGAAAUAGAAAUAAAAUAAACAUGUUUUCACUGUCUCAGGCCAUGGCAUUGUUUCCCCCAUCAAUCUGAAGGGAAAUGUCUUUCUUGGUGAUUGUCUUCCUGGUUGCUUGACCAUAGACUAGUUUCUGAGCUUUAUUUCCAAAAACCUGUAUCAGUUAAUCUAGCUUCUAGUAUUUAUAAUUCAAAAGUGUUUAGGUUCAUUUCUUUAUUGAUGUCAUUUGCUUGUCCUGUACAGAUUACUAAUGUUCCAGCAUUUGUUUGGUGUCCAGAGAUUUCAUCUCAGGAGAUGUCUUUACAAUUUCUUUAAAAUAAAAUCAUAAAACAUUGACCAGAGAUUUCUAACAGCACCUUUAGAAAAUAAUCCUAACUUGACACUGGUCAAGUUUUGUUUGUAAAUAUUGUAAGUUAACUUUAUCAUUAUCAGACAAAAUAACUGACCAGUCAUACUAUUUGAUAAGAAAUAUACACUUCUGAUUGAAAUUUUUUUAAUAUAAUUAAUUUUUGUUCAAUUGAAUGCGUUCUAGAAUUCUGUUGUGUGUGUGUGUGUGUGAGAGAGAGAGAUUUGAAAUAUAACUUACUUAUUUAAUUUGUUAAUGUUUUGGUAAAUCUAUUGAAGUCUCUACUGCCCUGAAUGCUAUGCACUGUGUUUGAUGUGUGACCAGGUUUAUAGUUUCUGUCUAUAUAUGUAUGAAUAUCUUCUUCAUUUGUUCACAACACUUGAGUAUCAUCCUUUAUGUUAUCCUUUCUAACCAAUGAAUGUGUGAAGUAUUAUAGUGUGCAGAUUCUGUCAGGAUAUGAUAUUAUUAUAUAAUGUUAUCUUAUUGUUAUUAAAAUUGAUUUUAUCAACAUUCA